AUGGCUGGAGAAAUACGUGACCAGCAACCAAAUCCUUGGAGGAACCAUCUUGAUGAGCCGCCUUUGGACGAGGUCCAAGACCGCAUACCACGAGAAGGCCUUGGACCGGAGCUUAACCGAGCCGAUAGGCUACACCGAGGAGACUUAGGCGAUCACCAAGGAGGGGAGAACCAAGAGACCGUUGGAGACAGUGACUCUAGACCAGAGCUUCUCCAAAGCCGUAGCCCUAUCCGGACUUACGAGGGCCACCAGUUUGAGAUCAAGCCGCGAGUCAUUGCUUUGGUAAAACAAAGUCAAUACCACGGGCUUAUCGAAGAAGAUCCGUUGGAUCAUGUCGAUUCUUUUGAAGAAUUGUGCAGCACAACUAGUGCAAAUGGAGUUCCGGGCGACUACUUGAGAUGCCGGCUCUUUACUUUUACCUUGGCGGGAAAAGCACUCAAGUGGCUCAAGUCUCUCCCGUCUCGCUCAAUCACUACAUGGAUGGAGUUCAAGAAAGCUUUUCUUGGUCAGUUUUAUACAAAGCAGCGGACUAGCUUGAUGAGGAGCAAGAUCGUUGGCUUUCAGCAAGGGCCAAUAGAGCCGUAUCAUGAGGGAUUGGAGCGUUUCAAGGAAUACAUAAGAGAUUGCCCACAACAUGGCUUCUCGGAAGUAAACUUGUGGAACACGUUUUAUGAGGGAAUAAGGCGCGAGCACAAGCUGUAUCUUGAUAUAGCUAGCAACGGGAACUUCAUGAGUAAGUCCAUAGAGGAAGCCAAAACAUUGAUUGACAACCUAGCGGUCAGUGACAGCAAGAAUCAACCGAGCUAUGAAGAAACGAUCAAGGCAAUCAACACGAGACCGGGACUAGUUGAGUUUGAGGAGCUGAAGUCCAUGAUCGCUAAGCUUUUGGAAAGAGAACCGGAGCAUCGCAAGAGCCCCCGUGAGAGCAACAUCGAUGAGAGAGAAGUGCUUUACAUAAGCAAGCAAGAGAUACAACACCCGGCUGAAACCCGACUUGGCGCUAAGGACCAUGGAGGAGAGCUUAAGGCUUUGAUCUAUGAGUUCAUUGGUGAGAAAAAGGCGAACAAGGAGAUCAAUGAGAAGAUACACUAUGUGUAUCACGACUUAAACAAUAAAUUUGGGUCGCUAGAGUCGCACAUCAAGGAGCUUGAUCUUCAAAUAGCAAACAUAGCCGGUACAAUCAAGAAACCGCUUGGAGUCCUCCCUGGUCGAACUGAGGCUAACCCCAAGAAGGAACAUAUAGCAGCCAUCACUCUUAGGAGCGGUACGCAGUUAGACGAAGUGGAGAUGCCACCGGAGCUCACGAGAAAGAACCCCAACCGGAGUGAAGAAGCCAAGAAAGAGAAAGAGCAAGCAAAGUUGAAGGACCUUGUGAGCCAACUAAGCGUAAGGCUCCCUUUUGUCGAUGCUUGCAUGAUUAUUCCAUCAUUGAGGAAGUAUAUGAAGAGCAUACUCACUAGCAACUUGAGUCUAGAAGAGGGAGUGAUGUUGAUAACAGAAGAUUGUAGCCUAGCCCUCCAAAACAAAACCCCGGAGAAGCUUGACGACCCGGGGAGCUUUGUUCUCUCAUGCCAAAUCGGAGGUACAAUCUUUAAACGCUGCCUUUGUGACUUAGGGUCUAGCGUGAAUCUUAUGCCCUAUACAGUGGCCAAGCGCCUUGGCAUAACAAGCUUUAGACCCACAAAGAUUCAGUUGGUCUUUGCUGAUCGAUCGGUGAGGCGGCCCAUUGGCAUCGUGAGUGAUGUACAAGUCAUGAUUGGUAAAUGUUUCAUACCGGCUGACUUUGUGGUGCUGGAGCUAGACCAAGAACCAAGAGAUCCCCUGAUCUUAGGGCGACCUUUCUUAGCCACCGCCGGAGCUAUUAUUGAUGUCAAAGGAGGAAAGAUAGACCUACACUUAGGAGACUUGGUGAUGAAGUUUCAAAUUGACAAAACUUUGGAAAAGCCAACCAUCGACGGAUUCUCUUUCUUGGUGGACAAUUUAAGUGAGGUGUCUGAAGGAGUGUAUGAGGAGCUGAUAAUGGACGACCCCUUAGAAGUGGCACUAACCCGUGUGGAGAAAGAAGGAGGCUAUUUUAGUAGAGAAGCGCGAGACAUAGCCAAAUCACUCGAUAACGCGGAGACGUACAAGAACUUGGUAGCUUAUGUUGGCUUGGAGGAAGAAGUAAUAGCCGCGAACGCCUCAAGGGGUGCAUCCAAGCCGUUAAAGGAGCCAUGGAGUGAGUUGAGCGCCCAAAAGUCGAGCUCAAGGAGCUCCCCGUAG